AUGGCACCGGCAUUUCCGGCGCAUAAAGCUCGCCUGAUUUCGAUGGCUUUCGAAAAGGACUUCCACCCUAAAACUACCGUUAAAAAAGAUCGCGUUUCGUUUACGGAAAACAUUCGCGAAUAUUGUCUAAACACCACCAUUCACGGUCUGAAAUAUGUGGGCACGGUUUCGCUCACGCUGUGGGAACGAAUCUAUUUCUUUCUGACGUUCAUCGUCGUAACAACGUGCGCCAUUUACUUUAUUUCGAACGUGUACUUAAAAUGGCAAUCGUCGCCUAUCAUAAUAGGGCUCAAUCCGAUAGCAACCAAUAUCAAGGACAUUCCGUUUCCGGCCGUUACGAUCUGCAACAUGAAUCAGGUUCGCCGUGAGGCUGCAGACCGCAUCGAGGCACACACUCUGGAACAAACCGUGUUGCAGGCAAUUUGCUCCAUCGACGGUGACAUCAACGUGACCCAGUACGAAGGAAAGUGGUCAGCGGUGAAGCAGCUGCUGCUGAGCGCCACUCAACCUUGCUCCCGUCUGCUAAAAGCCUGUCGGUACGCAAAGCAGGCCGAAAAGUGCACGGAGAUCUUCCAAUCCGUGCUAACCGACGAAGGACUGUGCUGCACGUUCAACACGCUCGAUGCAACGUUCAUGUUUCGUGGCACAGAUGCACUCAACAUAUUCCCACCCGAAGCCGGCCCAGAUGAGGGACGAUUUCACCCAAUACUUUGGACGCCCGAAGGUGGAUUUGCCGAACGCCCGACAAACAGAACGUACCCUCGGGUCAUCCCGGGACCAGGCGUGGCCAUGGGACUAGCUAUGGUGCUGGACGCGAACGUCAGCGACUAUUACUGCUCGUCGACAUCGUCCACCGGGUUUAAAAUCAUCUUUCACAGCCCAAGCGAAACGCCGAAAAUAACCGACUACGCGCAGUACAUUCCCGUUGGGUCAGAGUCCCGAAUCAUUAUUACGCCGAAGAUUAACGAUGCGGCGAGCCAGAUCCGAAAGGUGUCCCAAGAGGUACGGCAGUGCGUUUUCGCCAACGAGGCCAAUUUGUCGUACUACAGCGUGUACUCGCGCAACAAUUGUGAGCUUGAGUGUGAGGCCAAGCUGAUCCUGGAGAACUGCGGCUGCGUGCUGUACUUUCUGCCGAAGCUGUACGAGGACACGAAGAUCUGCAGCCGCGCCAAUGCCCGGUGCUACGAACAGAUCCGCAAUUCGAUCGCAUUCACCGCCAAUACCAGUCUCACCUGUUCCUGUUUGCCCGGUUGUUUCGAGAUCAGUUACGUACCGGAUCUGACGACGGCCGAGUUGCACGUAGGGCAGUUUGGCAUCCGCGAAACGAUGCUCGGCGACGUGAAGGAUGAGAAAUAUGCCAAGGAAAACCUUGCCCUUGUGUACGUGUUCGUGAAAGAUACCUACUUCCGGAGCUUUACCAAGGGCGAAUUGGUUGGAUUCACGGAUUUUUUGUCCAAUGUUGGUGGCCUGCUGGGACUGUUUCUGGGCUUUUCCAUCAUCUCCCUGGUCGAGGUUAUCUACUUUGUGACUCUUCGACCGUACUGUGCCAGACGGCAGCAACGAAGCUUUGGAGUCAAACCGGAGGUGCAGUUUGUUGGCCGAUCGAGUGACAUGGGCUACGAUUUUAGCGGCACCCAGCGAGGAAUCACCAACAGUGGAACGGUAACUGAGCUCACUGCAAAGCUUAAAAACAUAGCUCACUCUCGACUGCGACAGGCCGGUGACUGGAUUCACAGUACGUUUCGCCUCCGAAAGAACCAACACGGAUUGGAGCCACCGAACCGAGCAACAACGAUCUAUCCGUUCUAUGACUGA